AUGGCUUCUGUAGGUUCUGUGAAGGAGAAAUCAACAUCGGUAAAAUAUCACAGAAUUGAUAUGGCUACACAUAAGACACAGUUACAUGAUAGCCCACUGAAGGAAACAAGAUUUGGCAAAUUUUUGCGCAGAACCGUGAACUGUACAGGACAUUUAUUGGCAUUGUGCCUUUUGGCAGUGUUCUGCAUAUUUGCCUAUGUUUUCAUAUCUGGUGUCAUAAAAGAGAAUGCUCCGAGCAUCAAAACCACACACAAGAAGAUUGCAACUCGAGCUGAUCAAUGCACUAAUGUGGAAGAUAACAGGUUUGAUUGUUUUCCUGAGAAGUUCGGAUCCUCAGAAGGAGUUUGUGUCAGUCGUGGAUGUUGUUGGAGAGCUACUACCAAACCAGAUGCUGCUCCAUUGUGUUUCUUUCCUACAAAUUAUGAGGGGUACUCUGCUUCAGAAUUAACAUACACCUCAAAAGGGAUUACUGCAACACUUCAGAGGUCUUCGAGUUCAUUUUAUCCUAGAGAUGUGAAAACUCUGAAACUGGUGGUGGAGUAUCAGACGAGUACCAGACUACGUCUAAGGAUUUUUGACCCAAACAAUGCCAGAUUUGAGGUGCCACUGGAUACCCCUUCUGGAUCCUCGGAUCUUCACAAUCCACUGUAUACUGUAACCAUUCAGCAAAAUCCUUUUAAUAUUAUAAUACAGCGUAAUUCUACAGGAGCUACAGUAUUUGACACCAGAGGUGCAGCCCCUUUAAUCUUCUCAGACCAGUUCCUGCAGAUUGCCACCCAGUUGUCCACAAAGUACCUGUAUGGAUUUGGGGAGCACCGUACAACAUUUCUCCAGGAUCUCACCAAAUGGAGGCGACUGGUCUUUUGGAACAGAGAUGAUGUGCCAAAGGUUGAUAACAAUGGGUAUGGUUCUCAUCCUUUCUUCUUGAACCUGGAGACUGGAGGGCCAGCAUCAAAUGCAAAUGCUCAUGGUGUCUUCUUACUCAACAGCAAUGCCGGAGAGGUAGCCACUCAACCUGUUGGUUCUGGCGACAAUGGGGCUGUCACGUACCGAAUGAUUGGAGGAAUUUUGGACUUUUACAUUUUCUUAGGCCCAAGUCCUCUGUCAGUAGUUCAACAAUAUUCUGACGUUAUAGGUCGCCCAUACUUUCCGCCAUUUUGGUCUCUAGGCUACCAUAUUUGCAAGUAUGGAAUUAAUAAUGCAGCAGACCUUCAGAAUUUGAUCAACAGAAAUCGUGCAGCACAAAUUCCAUAUGAUGUUCAGUGGAGUGACAUAGACUACAUGACUAGUCACAGAGAUUGGACCUAUGACAAGGAUAGAUAUGGAAAUUUGCCGAACAUCGUAAAGGACUUGCAUGACAAUAACCAGAGAUACAUUGUCAUGGCUGAUCCUGCUAUUUCAAGUGAGCAGCCGGCUGGAACCUACCCUCCUUUCGAUGAUGGUGUUCAGAUGGAUAUCUUUGUGAAGAAUGAUGCAGGCAGUAUUUUGAUUGGCCAGGUCUGGCCAGGAAAAACUGCAUUUCCGGAUUUUUUUCAUCCCAAAGCUGUUGAUUAUUGGUACAAGCAAGCCAAGGAAUUUCAUGAUAAGAUACCAUACGAUGGCCUGUGGAUUGACAUGAAUGAGCCUUCAAACUUUGUGGAUGGAUCCGUCUCUGGAUGUACAAGUAAUGAACUGGACAAUCCUCCUUUUACUCCAGCAACAAUUGAUGGAGGAAAGCUCAUGUCUAAAACAAUCUGUCCUUCGGCUAAGCAUGUGAUCUCAACACACUACAACUUACACAACAUGUACGGUUGGUCCCAGUCUAAUGUCUCCAGAAGAGUUGGAUCUCCAGUGUAUACACCCGGUUCCUCAUUUGCUGGCACUGGUAAAUUGGUUGGACAUUGGUUGGGCGACAAUUUUUCAUCUUUCCCUGAUUUGUAUUAUUCUAUACCAGCUAUCCUCAACUUCAACCUGUUUGGCAUCCCUCAGAUUGGAGCAGACAUCUGUGGAUUCCUCGGAGUCACAACACCUGAACUCUGCACCCGCUGGCACCAGCUUAGUGCCUUUUAUCCAUUCAUGAGAAACCAUGCAGAACUUAGUUCACCAUAUCAGGACCCAGCAUCCUUCCAGCCCCCAUUCAGAGAUUACAUGAAGACUGCCAUAGAGUUGAGAUACAGGCUAUUGGCUGUGCUCUACACUGCCUUCUACAGAGCUCACACUCAAGGCUUGCCCAUUGUCAGGCCUCUGUUUUUCUUGUACCCAGGCACUGAGGCUAUCGACAAACAGUUCAUGUGGAAUGAUCAACUUCUUGUGUCCCCUGUUGUAGACGAGGGAGCCUCAUCUGUUCAAGCCUUCAUCCCAGAUGAUGUGUACUAUGAUUUUUACACUGGAGCUUUGGUAGCACAACGGGGUCAGACUGUACAGCUAAAUGCUCCCAUUGAUUAUAUCAAUGUCCAUGUUCGCGGGGGAUCCAUUUUACCACUCCUGCCUGUUACCCAACGAACUAAUUUGUCACGGAAGGAAAAAUUCCAGCUGAUUGUUGCUGUAGCAGCAGAUGGCACUGCCAGUGGUGAACUGUUCUGGGAUGAUGGUGAAAGCAUCGACAGUGUUUCUGGAAAUAAAUAUUCUGACAUCACCUUCAGCCUGACAAAGUCUAACCACCUGAUUAGUACUGUUGUCAAGGGAGGUUAUAACCCUCCAGAAGGAGUCAGACUUGGCGCAGUGAUACUCUAUGGCAUUAACUAUGGCCCCGGGAGUGUCAGUGUCAAUGGGAAAGAUGCCACUUUCAACUAUGAUGCAAGUUUGAAG